UACAAUAGACUGUUCUCACUUUCACGGGUAGACUGUCCGGUGCCAUAUAUUCUGUUCGCGCACCUCGCCUGGAAGCGGCUUCCAGAAGCUGCCGGAGUUACCAGCAAGCCCAAGCAAUCGCCAUCCGUACACCGUGGUCGACGGCGAACUUUCACAUCCUUCUCUACUCCAGCAAUGGCGACUGUGAUGCAGAAAAUCAAAGACAUCGAAGAUGAGAUGGCAAGGACUCAAAAGAACAAAGCCACUGCCCAUCAUCUGGGCUUGCUUAAGGCAAAACUUGCAAAGCUACGGAGGGAACUUCUUGCCCCACCAACCAAAGGUGGCGGUGGCGGUGGCGGUGAAGGAUUUGAUGUCACUAAAAGUGGAGAUUCAAGAGUUGGUUUAGUGGGUUUUCCUUCGGUUGGAAAAUCAACACUAUUGAAUAAAUUAACUGGCACUUUUUCGGAGGUUGCAUCCUAUGAAUUUACGACCUUAACUUGUAUUCCCGGUGUGAUCAUGUAUCGAGGAGCUAAACUUCAGUUAUUGGAUCUUCCUGGUAUUAUAGAGGGAGCCAAGGAUGGGAAGGGUAGAGGAAGGCAGGUUAUCAGCACAGCUAGGACAUGCAAUUGUAUUUUAAUUGUUCUAGACGCAAUAAAGCCAAUUACUCAUAAGCGCUUGAUAGAGAAAGAGCUUGAAGGAUUUGGUAUAAGGUUAAACAAAGAACCACCCAAUCUGACGUUUAGGAAGAAGGACAAGGGUGGGAUUAAUUUCACAUCGACUGUGACAAACACACACCUGGACCUUGAAACUGUGAAGGCAAUAUGCAGCGAAUACAGAAUUCAUAAUGCUGAUGUUUCUCUUCGGUAUGAUGCCACUGCGGAUGAUCUCAUAGAUGUUAUCGAGGGUAGCAGGGUAUAUAUGCCAUGCAUAUAUGUUGUGAACAAGAUUGAUCAGAUCACACUUGAAGAGCUAGAGAUUCUGGAUAAACUUCCUCACUAUUGUCCAGUCAGUGCUCACUUGGAAUGGAAUCUUGAUGGUCUUCUAGAGAAGAUAUGGGAAUACCUUAACUUGACUCGCAUAUACACGAAGCCUAAGGGAAUGAAUCCAGAUUAUGAAGACCCUGUAAUUCUUUCAUCCAAGAAAAGGACAGUUGAGGACUUCUGCAAUCGAAUCCACAAGGAUAUGUCUAAACAAUUCAAAUAUGCGUUGGUUUGGGGUUCAAGCGCAAAGCACAAGCCCCAAAGAGUUGGCAAGGUCAAUUCUACAACCUUUGUCCCAGUUACUUUUUUCCUUGUUUGUUUGUUUUAAUUUUGCAAUUCAUGCAUGUGUGUCGAUGGAAAUGCUUAUUUUGUUGUUCAAACAUGCCAGGAACAUGAGCUUGAAGAUGAGGAUGUCGUUCAAAUUAUCAAAAAGGUGUGAUUUUAGAACUCAAAAUUGUCACAUUUUAAAGUGUGCAUGCAUAGUGAGAUUGGAUAUAGUUGUGGGAAGGAGCCUUUAUGGCUACGAGUUGUGCUUCAUGAUGAGAAUCGUGGUUGCUCGGCUUUGUUUUUAUGCACCUGCUAGGUAUAGAGUAAAAGAUGAGCUGUUUGUCUACCUAAGCAAUUUUCUGGUCAAGCUCUUUCAUCUGUUGUGAUUUGCCUGUUAAAUUAGAAGAUGAUGAAGAUUAUAGCUUUUUUAAAACAUGAGUAUUAUGAAAAUAAUAAUUGAAAAUUUUAUUGUAUGAAAA